GGUGAAUAUUCUUACAGUCAUCCUCUCGUCGUUUAGAAAAUGGAUGGACCACUUGUGAGUGCUUCAACUAGAGUGAUGAACUCACUGCUCGCCAAGCUCUCUGCUUUGGUUGAUGGGGAAUACGAGCUCCUUGAAGGUACGAAGUGCGAUAUCACUUUCCUGAGGAAUGAGCUUAGCAGCAUGAGUGCCCUGCUCGAGAAACUCGCAACAGCGGAGAAUCUUGACACGCAGGUCAAGGUUUGGAGGGACAACAUACGCGAGCUGAGCUAUGAUAUUGAGGACUGCAUUGACAUCUUCAUGCACAAGCUGGAUCACGGUGACCCUCAGGCAGGUUUUGCAAAGAGGAUAAUUGAUCAGAUUAAGAAGCUAUGGUCACGAUACCAGAUUGCAAACCAGAUUCAAGAGCUCAAGGCUCGUGUGCUUGAGGAGAGCGAGCGACGGCUGAGGUACAAGCACGAUGAAUCUAUUGCUCUUGCAGGAAAGAUUGAGAUUGACCCGCGAUUGCCGGCGCUCUAUGUGGAAGCAGAGAAACUUGUUGGUAUCAAUGGUCCUAUACAGAAGGUCAUCGAAUGGUUGAUGAAGGAUGAAUCAACACAGCAUCUCAAAGUGGUGUCUAUUGUGGGGUUUGGAGGACUUGGAAAAACAACUCUUGCGAACCAAGUGUACAACAAGACCAAAGGCCAAUUUGACUGCACAGCUUUUGUUCCAGUUUCACGGAGUCCUGUCAUAAAGAAGAUAUUGCGUGAUCUGCUUACAGAACUAGGGAGUAAGACUAGUGCAUCAGAAGAUGAGCGGCAACUCAUAAAUGAGCUCAGAGAAUACCUGCAAGACAAAAGGUACUUAAUCAUUGUUGAUGAUAUUUGGAGCACAACCGCAUGGGAAUUUGUGAAAUCUGCUUUACCUGAGAAUAACUUGCACAGUAGAAUAAUUACUACUACAAGGCAUUCUGAUGUAGCCAAAUCAUGCUGCUCAAGUUAUGAAGGAUAUAUUCACAACAUUCAACCUCUAAGUGAUCAGGACUCCACAAUGUUGUUUUAUAAGAGUCUUUCAAAGUCAGCACUCCUGCCCGCUUCACUUGGAAGAAGUUUCUCUGGCAAUCAUACAAAAAUGUCAUGGUUUGCCGCUAGCUAUUAAUACAGUAGCUAGUUUGCUAGCUAACAAAUCUGAUGCAAUAGAACAAUGGGAGCAAGUAAGAGAUUCCAUGGUUUCUGGACUAAAUUCACUAGUGCGGGACAUACUUUUGCUUAGCUAUUACGAUCUUCCGUAUCAUCUGAAGUCCUGCUUCUUAUAUCUUUGUAUAUUUCCAGAAGACUGCAAGAUUAGAAGGGAUAAGUUAAUAUGGAGAUGGAUAACUGAGGGUUUUAUCCCAUAUGUAAUGGGACAAACAUUGUAUCAAACAGGA